GCGAGAAUACCACUGUAACGGAGGACUGGGGCUUGGUCUUGAAGUUUUCAGAUGCAUCUGUAGAUGAAUCUUAAUAGCAUCAAGAUGUCGGGACGAUCAGGCCGCGCUGAGACCCGGAGUCGGGCUAAAGAUGACAUUAAAAAGGUCCUGGCCGCUAUCGAGAAAGUACGGAAAUGGGAGAAGAAAUGGGUGACAGUUGGAGACACAUCCUUGCGCAUCUUUAAGUGGGUGCCAGUAACAGAAACAAAGCAGAUAUACCGCACCAAAUCCACAGGUGGAGACGUUCGAGGACUGAAAGAUGUGGUCCUGGAGAACACCAACUCUCUUUUGGACUUCACAGAUGAAAACAGCAACCAGAGCUUUCUCUCAGAUGUUUACCAGCCAAAGAUGGAUAACAGCAGCAGCACAUCUAGCUCCCAGCAGGUCAGCCCUCCACAUACCUCUAGCCUCCGGACUGAAGACUCACAGCCACCCAUGUUGGGCCAGGAGAGUGUGGAUGAGCCGGUUCAUUCAGGACAAGAGGGGGCUGAUGAGCCUCCUACUCUCAUCAAAGAGGACCUUCUUUCAUCAGGAACACUCAGACGGAGCAGCCCAGACACACAGGAAGAACUGGAUGAAUCUGGAGCACCACCUUUAAAGAAGAUUUGCACAGGAGAAAAUUCUGUACUGAGAUAGCUUAUUUAUAAUCAUUUUGUUAAAAUGCACAUGAUACCUGUCUUUAGUCAGAUUAGCUAAGCUUUUUAAAUUGUUCCAAGUUUCUAUUGAUAUGUUAAUGCAAAUGUUACAUUUCAGCAAAUUAUAAAAAAUGAGUAUUCACUGCAUUUUUUUGCCCUUUAAAUUUUUGUUAAACUAAAUGGUGAGGAUUUUACAAACUGUGGCAAAGCACUACUGUUCCAGGUGGUGUGUAUUAUGAUUCAUCUGCUUCAAAUGCAGAUUUUUCUGGCAAAUAGAUGAUUCUGAUUUACACAUUUUGCAGUGGAACUUUACUUUUGCAUGUCCCAUACUGUAUUGCUUUUAUGCUUAGGCCAAUUCAAGAAAACAUGUUGACUUUGUAGCUUUAUGCAGAUCAAUGUUUAGAUAUGCUUAUUGUUUUUACAUGCAAAGCCCUUUCUGGAACAAGUAUUCUGUUUGCUCAUUUAAUUUGAGAAUAAAUGCUCUUUUGAUAUUUAUGAUAUAA